AUGCGCGUUGUUAACGAGGUGUUUCACUUUCCUACCUUUUCGGCGGCUCUACGUUCAUCGAAGGUUCUUAGCGAACCCCUUCGGGCUCCCACGUCAGCGGCUGGAAGUGCCCCGGGAGCGCCGCCGCUGCGGGACCCCCGCCCCCGGUCCACCUGCGGGCACUGCGCCGUGCGGGCUCGCGUUCCGGGCCGGCGCCCCACGGCUCGGGCGCGGGCAGGGGGCGGAUUUUUCAGAUGUUUGGGAGCAAACACCAUUUGCUUCCUUGGGGAGAAGUUUGGCCGUCGGUCCUGGACGUACGGUUGCGUAAGAGGCCGUCCGAGAGACCCGCGGCUGUCGGGGAGCGGCCGGAGAGUGAGGACAGAUGGCGAGCAGCCUCUGGGCCCCCCUUCUCUGGUGUGUGUUGGUGGGAACCAACCAGCAUUGCUGAGAGGAGGAAGAGGAGCAUCGCCCCGUCACAACAUGGCCCCACGUGCCGGCCCACCUGAUGGUGGCUGGGGCUGGAUGAUUGUGGCCGGCUGCUUCCUGGUCACUAUCUGCACCAGGGCUGUGACGAGGUGUAUCUCCAUCUUCUUUGUGGAGUUCCAGGCCUAUUUUGGGCAGGAUUAUGCCAGAACAGCUUGGAUCCACUCCAUUGUCGACUGUGCCACGAUGCUCUGUGCACCGCUUGGGAGUUUAAUCAGUAAUCAUGUAUCCUGCCAAGUUGGUAUCAUGCUAGGAGGGCUGCUCUCAUCUACUGGACUAAUUCUGAGUUCCUUUGCCACCAGCCUGGAACAUCUCUAUUUAUCAUUAGGAGUCCUUACAGGACUUGGAUUUGCUCUCUGUUAUUCUCCAGCUAUUGCAAUGGUGGGCAAAUACUUCAACAAAAGGAAGGCCCUGGCUUAUGGAAUAGCUAUGUCUGGAAGUGGAAUCGGUACCUUCAUCCUGGCUCCUGUGGUUCAACUUUUAAUCGAGCAGUUUUCCUGGCGUGGAGCAUUACUUAUCCUAGGAGGUUUUGUCCUGAACCUCUGUGUCUGUGGUGCCUUGAUGCGACCUAUUGCCCUUGAGGAGGACCGUAAAACUGUUCCGGGACUUCUUGAAAAAGAUUAUGUCCCUGAAGCACAGAAACAAGACUUGAAGAGAAUGUCUCUCUGUUCACCUUUAAUCAAAACAUGGUCACAUGAGUGUUUAUGUUACUGUUCAUGGAAGGAGUAUGACUUUUUACUCAUGCCAGGCUUCAUGGUGCUAGCAGUGUCUGUUUUAUUUAUGGCAUACGGCUGCAGCCCUCUGUUUGUCUACUUAGUGCCUUAUGCUUUGAGCGUUGGAGUGAGCCAUCACCAGGCUGCCUUCCUCAUGUCCAUACUUGGCGUCAUUGAUAUCAUUGGUAAUAUCACCUUUGGAUGGCUAACAGACAGAAGGUGUCUGAAAAAAUAUCGGUACUUCUGCUACCUCUUUGCUGUAGGAAUGGAUGGCCUCUGCUGCCUUUUCCUACCAGUUCUCCAAAACUUCCCCUUGCUUGUGCCUUUCUCAUUUACCUUUGGAUACUUUGAUGGUGCCUAUGUAACGCUGAUCCCUGUUGUGACGGCAGAUGUAGUGGGAACUUCUUCUUUAUCAUCAGCACUGGGUGUUGUGUACUUCCUGCAUGCCAUACCAUAUCUAGUGAGCCCACCCGUUGCAGGUUGGCUUGUGGAUACAACUGGCAGUUACACGGCAUCAUUCCUCCUGUGUGGAUUUUCUAUGAUAUUUAGUUCAGUGUUAUUAUGUUUUGCCAGAGUGGCAAAGAAAAUGAAGAGGACGCGUUUGAAGUCACUCUCCAACGAUGCUCACAGCAAACAGCACAUCUGGACAAAUGGAGCAAUAGCUUAUUCUGUCACAGGAGAAUUAGACCACAAGGAUGCUGAGUUUUUGCCUGUGGACACGAACAGCUACAGCAACAGAUGACAAUCACUGUCAAGAUUCAGUACUGUGCAACUACGAUGAGACAGAGGAGACUGCAUCAUGUUGCAGUGCUGAAAAUGAUAGUCCUGUGACACAAGGCCAGUUAGAUAUUUCUAUCAUGUUUUGAUAGGCUAGGAUCUGCAAACAGCAUAGGAAGUUGAAGCAGUAGUAGAUCAAAACUAUACUGAGAAUAGAGUUGGUAGAUAAAAGUUUCAACAGAUUUAGUUCUAAAGCAGUAUGUUGACUCCACAGGUAACCUGAAAAAAUAUAAUUGGCUAUGAUCAAAAGAAAACAAUAAAGUAAUCAGUCACCAAAGAUGAAAAAUAAUGUUUAAAUUAUUUUAAAAAUAUUAUUAAUGAAAUAGACAUUUCAGUGUUCCUGUCUGUUAGUUUUCAAUGGAGUAAUCACAGG